CAGAAACAAGAAACAGAAGGAGCUUAAUUCGGUCCAGAAAAAAAAGGCUCCCUCUCUCUCUCUGUCUCUCUCUGUGUACAAAAAAGUCUACUUUUUAAACCAAGCAAUCACGGGAGGUCCCUGAAAUCUGUGCCUUUGAAUUCAUCUUUCUGCUGCCAAAGGACCUAAUCCUUUUGAUGAUCCCCCUAUUAGAGCCAACCGUGAAAAUCUGCUUCCUCUGGAAAAUCUUCAUUUUCAUGAAUUUCUUCUUCCUUCCAUUACAAUCCUUGACACCAUGAAACCCCAUUAUCUUUCUCUCUAUGUUUUUCGUUCCCAUAUAUAUAUUUUCACGAGGUUUUCACCCAUUCAUGACCGUUUUGGUACAAAUGGUUGGGAUAAAAAUCUCUAAGUCUUUUUGGUUCUCUCUGUAGUUUAUUUCUGAAAAACUCGGUGGGUAGUCUUCGAUCUCUCAUAGUUUUUUAAUAAUAAUUCAUGAAAACCCAUAUUUCUUUUUCAUUUCUCUUCGAAACCCAUGUUUCUGAAUCAGUUCAUGCAUUUCCUCAAAUCAAUUCACACAUUCAGAAGGAAAAUUCCUUUGGAUUGUUUGCUUUGAUACAAAAUUCUCUGUAAUUUCACAUAGCCAUUUCAUAUUAAGAGUUUUUUGGAGGAGCUCGCCAACAGCUUCAAUGGCAACCUCGUGUUUCCACAUGCUUCGCCUUCGAAGGUCGAAGAGCAAACACUUUUCAAUACCUUCCUCGUCCAAGACCCAGUUGAAUUCUGACAUGGAAAACAUGGAAAGAAGGAGAUUUGAUAGCUUGGACUCAUGGUCUAUGAUUUUGGAUUCAGAGAAUGUGGAGACUUGGGAGGUAUCAAAGGAGGAUCAGGAAGAAUGGACCGCCGAUCUCUCACAGCUCUUUAUCGGUAACAAAUUCGCUUCAGGAGCACAUAGUAGAAUUUACCGUGGAAUUUACAAGCAGAGAGCUGUGGCUGUAAAAAUGGUUAGGAUUCCGAACCAGAAGGACGAGACUAGAACCUUAUUGGAGCAGCAAUUUAAGUCUGAAGUUGCCUUGCUUUCACGUCUCUUUCAUUCAAAUAUAGUGCAGUUUAUUGCAGCUUGUAAAAAGCCUCCUGUUUAUUGUAUUAUCACCGAGUACAUGUCACAAGGAACACUGAGGAUGUACCUUAACAAGAAAGAACCAUACUCUCUUUCAACAGAAACAAUACUGAGGUUAGCUCUUGACAUAUCCCGCGGAAUGGAGUAUCUUCAUUCACAAGGGGUGAUCCAUAGAGAUCUCAAAUCAAAUAACUUGCUUCUUAAUGAUGAAAUGAGGGUUAAGGUGGCAGAUUUUGGUACGUCAUGUCUUGAGACACAGUGCCAGGAAACUAAGGGAAACAAGGGUACUUACCGUUGGAUGGCACCUGAGAUGAUCAAGGAGAAACCUUGUACUCGGAAGGUUGACGUGUACAGUUUCGGGAUUGUGCUAUGGGAGCUCACAACAGCUUUGCUUCCCUUUCAAGGGAUGACUCCUGUGCAGGCUGCAUUUGCUGUGGCUGAGAAGAAUGAGCGCCCUCCAUUACCAGCUAGUUGUCAGCCUGCACUUGCACACCUCAUAAAGCGCUGCUGGGCAGCGAACCCCUCGAAGCGGCCGGAUUUCAGUGACAUUGUUUCUGCUUUGGAGAAGUAUGAUGAGUGUGUCAAGGACGGCCUUCCUCUUACACACCACUCGAGGCUGGUCAGCCGGAAUGCCAUUCUCGAACGCUUGAAAGGCUGCGUAUCCACGAGCAGCUCGUCCAUACCUGUACAUGCCUGACUCCAUUAGAAGGUAUUAUUAUUGCCUCCCUAUUUAGGUAAUCAUGUCAGUAGAUUAAACAGUAGCUAAAUUUCUUUUCAACUAGCUAUUGUGACUGUAUUUGAAGAUUAUAAGGUUGGUGUUCCACUGUAGGCAUAUCAGUCUACUCCACAAGGAGUGAUUGUUGGGCCCCCAUUUGGUAGUUCCCCUACUUUCAAUAAGUUGAUUAUAUGUGCUUGCUUUUCUGUACAAUUACAAAGAAAGAGUAAAUAUGCUCAUAUACCCAAAAAAUUGG